CAUAAUUGACUUGAAUAUAUAAUUUUAAAAAUGGUGAAUAAUGGAUUUCCGAAUCCUUGUUUGAAGUACUCUCACUUGAUAAAUCCAGUAGCGUUAGAAGUAACUUGUAAAAGUUCUAAUAAAUACUUUACAUAUCAUGAGAAGGACGACGGUGGAUAUUACUCUAGAAAUGAUUUCUUUGCCUGUAAUAAGGUAUUAAUUGCGAAUCGCGUGCUGUGGCAAACUGACAAUGAGGAAGAUUACAUAGGCCAAGUACAUAUUUACACUAAGAAUAAUAAUAUUCACAGUAUCACUCUGUGUUUCCUUAACGGAGAUAUUAAACAUUUAAGUAAAUUUGAAAACAAUUACAUAGCCAAGAAUAAAAUCAGCCUUACCAUCAAAACUGAUCUAGAGAACUCAGGAGUGUAUCAAAAGUACACAAUUAACAUUAAUACCGUUGGCAGUAUGAAGUUUAUAAAUUAUAAAACGAAUUCUGUGUAUUUGUUCAAGAGAAUCUACGAAUCCGGAGAGCUAAUUUGGAACUCGAAAAGUUACUCAGAAAGUGGAAAAUUCGUCUCAGUUUGCGUCUUAGAUCAUGAAAAAUACAUGGCAAUACUCUUGACUAAUUAUAAUUACUUGCUAUUUCACUAUGACAAUGGCUGGAAAAACAUCACAGCGGAGAUGUUAAACUUAUCAAAUUUCAUGUUAAUUUUCAAUAUUAACAGCGGAUUUAAGAAGUUUAAGAAUGUUAAAAUCGAUUACGAAACUGAUUUAACGAAUUUGGAGUACUCACUCCUGUUCAAAUUUGAGCCUGAAUUUGACCAGAUCUUAGACCUCUCAAAGCCCAAAUGCUUAACAUACAAUUUACUAACUAAUGAGUUCUUUCUAUUACUCUGUAAUGGCAAUAAGAUACCAAUUGACACCAACAAAGCAAUGAUCAAGAUCCCAAUCAACGCCGUGAAUUAUCAUCUUUUCCCAAGCAAAUCGUUCUCAGAAUUCACCUUUAAAACGGCCAGUAGUGGGAUUUCAAUUACCAACAGUGUAAACUCUAAGGAUAGUGGGAUCACAAGUAUUAACAGUGUAAACUCUACUAGCAGUGGGAUUACGAGUAUUAACAGUCUAAACUCUAGAGACAAUGGGAUUACAAGUAUUAACAGUCUGAACUCUACAGGCAGUGGGAUCACGAGUAUUAACAGUGUAAACGCUACGGAUGGGAGUGACGGUGAUAAAAAUUGUGUGUCUGAAGAUCAAUAUUUGAGUAUAUCAGGAAGCGAAGAUGGCAGUGAAGAUAAAAGCGUAAGUUAUCUCACUAACGACGAAGUUAUCAAGGCCCUGAGCCAAGUCAUUCAAUAUUAACCAAAAUUUCAAGAUUUUAAAGAUUUACAAAAUUUUAUAAUUUUUGAGAAUUUUUCAAAUCAUUUUGUGAAAUUUUAAUUUUUCAAAUUUUAAUGAAAUUUA